GAUGUGCCUUUCUUGUAGGGACGAGAGGCAGUGAGUAGGCAGUAUUAGAGAGGCAGUAGGCAGUAUUAUCUCUAUUCGGUCACAUACAUUCAAUUCGUAAAUCCUCAUUGACAUGAUGAUUAUGCUAGAAAAAAAGGUGCGCUCUUUGCUUAUUGCCUCGUUUAUUUCGGCGUGUGCGUUCGCUGAGCUCGCGGACAGCAACAGCCGAUACGCACAAGAAGUGGACGCGUAUGGUGAGACAAAAGAUGCGAGCGAUGACAUCCUUAUGAAAGGAACAAAUGAUCCAACAUUUACCAAUAUACUUUCUUCCACAUCAACGCUCUCAAACCACCACAAAGCUAUUUAGUUACUCAGAGUUGAUUACGCAUGGCUAUACUCUCAAUUUCAUUUGGCACUUACGUCAUACCCCACGAGUUUCUAUUUUCUCGUUCGAACCUUAUCUCAUCCCUUUUCUUUCAUUACUGGCGAUUCAAGUGGAGACCGGACCCGGAGCGGCCAGAUAGGACACCAGCGUGGCCAUAUAGGAAACGAGCGCGGCCAUAUAGGCGAAGUUCGCCGCCACGUAACCAAAAGGCGGAACAAGAUGUUCGACAGCGAGUUUUUGACACCAGCUGGAUACUCGUCGUCAUCUCCGCAGAGUGGUAUAAUAAGGAUUUUUUUGGAUGCCUCGUUGUCCCUCCACAGUUGAGUAUGCUGAUUGCUAGAUGUUUGAGACCCUCAUCUUCAGUAGCAAAACUUCCUUCACCAGUAUGAAAAUCUCACCACACUUUCCCAGAUGAUCCGGAAGUAGACGCUCAACUUCAAGAAAGCACUAGCUGGUUUCAGGCGGACGCAGUUGGCGACUCAGACCACUCCCCCGUGUACGGCAACUCAAGCAGAGCGCGCAUGUAUACCAACUCGACCCUCAUAGGUUUGGAUCUCGACAAUUCAUUCCUGCAGAGGAUGAUAAUCCAGACCCCGCCAGAUAUCACCGCCGCUACUCUUCUCGACAUGGAUACCAUCAGAAUAAUUGGCUGCGUGCUGAAGGAGAAGCUUUCUGACUACACCUACGUGAGCAACCCUGCGCUCAGCGAAAAGAUGAGCAUAGAAGCGGCGGCGGGUAAUUUGCACGUUGAGGUUGACAUGCUGAUUGCAGAUAUCAACAGGAUUAGAGAGUACGAGACAUGGCAAGAACGCUCUGGUGCUGCAGUGAGAGGAGCUGGUAACUACAAACACUUUGGGCUACAAUACUUGAGAAGAGCUGGAGACUUUGUGGAUAUCUAUGCAAUUUGCUUACCUCAUCUGGACUCUCAGACAGCGGCUGGGUUAAAAAUCCAUUCUUUUGUCUCUCACCCUAUUCCAGGUACUCUACCCGUGGGGACCCCGGGAGAGAUGGACCCUCCUCCCGCGCCAGUGGAUGAUGUCAUUGCAAUCCACGGUGCGGGGACCGGGGAGAGACAAUUUGGGGUACCCAUAAGAAAGCUUUUUUUGCGCGCGCAAAAGCAGCGCUUGACGCCGAUGCAACGUCUGAAGUUAUUC